AUGGCGGUGGAUGAUACUGAAGGAUACUGGGACAUUGUGAUAUCGUCUCUUCAAGAUAUUUGUAAUGCCAAUGAGUCCCUUUCAUUCGACAACAUAUUUGCUGACCAUACAGAUACUUCACUCAAGAAGCUCGGCGAGAAUGAUUUAGAGACCCUAAAAGAGGAGAUAAACGACCAUAUGUUGAAUAUAGGAACCGCCACAAGGCUCAUUUCAACGGCCCAACAAAACUUGCAGACGCUUAUAACGAAUUUAGAAAAGGCUCAGCUGAAACAGGAAGUGACUACGCGUUCGUCCAAGCUGUCAGUCACUAGAGAUGGCAAACGAGCGAGCAGCAGGAAAGGCAACAAGAAAUACGGGCGUCAAUUUUGGGUAUCAAAAUACGAUCCUUCAGAACCCAUAAUAAUAGGAUCAGAAGUUGCUUUCAAACUUAAAAACCGUCAUUUCGAAGAAUGGAUUCAGUGUGAAGUUACAAAAAUUCUUGGUGACGGAACACGAUACGAAAUUAGAGACCCUGAACCGGAUGAGAACAACAAUCCAGGGCAAACUUUCAAAGCAAACUACAAAGAUAUCCUACUUAUACCGUCAGUGCUGGAGGUGCCUAACCUCAUAUCGUACCCUCACGGUACGAAAGUGUUGGCGAGAUAUCCAGAGACUACCACCUUCUAUCCUGCAGUUGUCGAGGGCCAGAAGAAGGAUGGAACAGUGAAGCUUAAGUUCGACGGGGAAGAGGAAGUUAAUAAAGUUACUGAAGUGGAGAGACGUCUAGUUCUUCCAUUUCCUCAAAGGUGA